AGAAUGUGGUCCUCAAACAUCCCUCUCUAGCUUUUGAUCAUCUUUCCUUUCAAAAAUAAAUUCCCACUUCCUCAUCACUUAGCCUAUAUCUUCCUAUAGCUCCUUUCUUCUUAUUUUCAUCACAAUUUCCUCCAUUAAUUCUUCGUCUCUUUAUCAACUUUUUAAAUGGAAGCAGCUGAUAAUAAUGACUUGUUCAUUUUUGCCACUGAUAAUGAUGACAAGAAGAAGAGAACCCCCAGUUAUAAUAAUAGGAGUAGUAGUAGUAGUAAUAAUAACAAUGAAAAGAUCAAAGGGUCAAGUACUUCAAUGAGGUGUUGCCAAGCUGAUAAGUGUACUGUUGAUUUAAGUGAUGCCAAACAAUACCAUAAGAGGCAUAAAGUCUGUGAAUACCAUGCAAAGGCUCAAGCCGUCGUCGUCGCCGGACUCCGGCAACGCUUUUGUCAACAAUGCAGCCGAUUUCACGAGGUAGGAGAGUUUGAUGAAUCGAAAAGGAGUUGCAGAAGGCGUUUGGCUGGGCACAACGAAAGGCGAAGGAAGACUACUACUACUUCUUCAUCAUCAGAUCAGUCUAAUGCUGAAGUUUCAUCGAGUAGAAAAGCCAUAAUAGGGACAGACACUCAUCAGAUAAUAAACUUCCAAGAAAAUGCAGCAGCAGGUUAUAAACACUUUCAGAUUGGAUGAAAAACUGAGGCAAAAAAAUGGAUACGAUAUGCUUGCUCUCUCUCUUCUGUCAUUCUCUAAUAAGUUCAGUUACUAUAAUAAUUAUCAGUUCGCUGUUUGUGACUUUUAUAAUCAUGAAGUUUGAAGUCUUGAACAUAUUAUUAAAUCCAAGAUCCUCAAUGGUAGUUUUGUACCACUUUAUCAAAAAUAAAUAAUGAUCUAUGGAUGUUAUUGUAUAAUUAAACAGCCUCUCUAUCUUCAUAAAGUGGGGCCAGAUUUCGCUAUGUGGGAUUACGCUUGAGUAUGUUGUUGUUGGA